AUGUCCGGCUAUGGCCCGCCGUCGAUGAUCGAACAGAUGAACCCAGAGUUCAGACGAACGCUGGGCAUUCACACUUCCGUUGGCAUGCCUACUCCGCCAGUUCCCCGGCCAGUCUUAGGAUCGGUACUGCUUGGCCAGCCCGCUGAACCAGACAAGGCGCAGCAGCCAAUUAAAAAGCGGAGGGGAGGCAGUCGGAGGGCUUGCAAUGAGUGCAAGCAGCAGAAGGCUCCUGUGUCAGCUCGCUCGCCGUGCUCGCGCUGCAAGAGGCUGAACAUUGAAUGUAAAGUAGAGUCGUCUUUCAAGCGUAUCUCCAAGAGACGGCGCAAUGCGGAGAUGGAGAAGGAGAUUGCCGACCUUCGUCGGCGCCUGGCCAACGGAGAGCAUGAUAUAGAUGCUGGCGACGGAAACGACAUCAAUCCUUCCUCUGCAGAGGGUUAUUAUGAUGCUAAUUCUCCGCCCUCUUCGUCGCGCGCACAGUCUCUAUCAGCCUCGGCUGAUCAUCAGCCAUCUCCCAUGAGACCGUCUUUGCCAUCUCAUGUCGCUAGUGAUACUCCUGUCUCUCACAGCAGCAAUGCGUGGGUCCUCGAGGACAUAUCACUAUCAAAGCAACGUGUUGAUCGGCUUUUCGAGCAAUACUUCAGGUUCUAUCAUCCCUUCCUCCCUUUGCUGGAUCCUACAAAGGAUCCCGAAGAGUGUCGGAGCUGCUCUGAAAUCCUUGCAUGGACUGUCAUAUGCGUAUCUAGCCGACGCUAUCCAUUUGAAUCGGGAUUGUUGGUGUCGUUGUCAGGUCCGUUCAGCAGGUUGCUGUGGGCAAGCAUCAGCAGUGUUCCACAGAACUACCACGUCGUUAAGGCGCUAUGCUUGCUUUGUACAUGGCCUCUGCCUACCACGAGCCAGAAGAGCGAUCAAACAUUCAUGCUUAGCGGCUUGAUGAUGAACCUGGCUAUGCAGUUGGGUCUACAUCGCCCCGUCCAGCCGGAAGAAUUUACGACAUUCCGUAUGGAGGUUCGAGGAGAGGAAUUAAAAGAUCGUCUACAGACAUGGGUUUUGUGCAAUAUCGUGGCGCAAAACGUCGCUACUGGAUACGGACAACCUCCAAGCACAAUCUAUGACUGGGCUUUGGAGCCGGCUUCCCUCAAAGCAGCGGAUUACAGGCUGCCCGAAGAGCUCAAAGCGAGGCUGCGCAUUGAGAAGUUUUGUGAUCGCGUGACGAGGAGUCUUUAUAAUGGGCGGCCAGAACCUUCAGAAUUUCUCAGCAUGGACAAAUUGCUUCUUGUAGGAAUCUUGGAAAACGAGUUGAGGGAAAUGGAGUUGGAUUUUGGAAAUGAUCUUUCACAGAUCAACAUGAUACAUCUACGUGCUGCGAAUCUGCAUCUUCGGUACUUUGUUUUCCUGAGUCAGAACGCUAGAAGUGAUGAUCUGACAAACCUUUUCCUUGCAACGACAACAUUCCUCGGCCGAGUGCUGGAGCUUGAAACGUCCCCGGGGAACCUACUCAUCCACGCGACAAACUACAUCCUCCAGAUGAUUGUAUCGGCAGCGUUUGCGUUGAUGAAACUGCUAAAGAGCUCAUUUGCGCGACAGAUUGAUAUCGACCACGGCAAGUUUCUCUUCAACGGGGCGAUAUCGUCGAUCCGAAGAAUUAGCGUAGUCGACAACGACCGACCAGUCCGAUUGGCGAAUAUUAUAUCCCAAAUGUGGAAUGCAGGGAGCUCUGGGGAUGAUGCUCUCCAUCUUGGAAUACGUAGUCGGAUGAGCAUGAGUCACGUGUACGACACAGUGUGGCGAUGGAGGAGAAGAUUUAGGCAGUCAAAGGCUUCGGACGAUACUGCCCAAGCGAAUGUCAAUCAAACUCAAGCUACAGCCAGCGGUGUAAUGGGCCCUCAUCCCGAACAACCACUUAACGAUGCGUCGUGGAUACUUUCGACUAAUUUCGAGGAUAACGCAUUUAUGAACGAGGCCAGUUUCUCCGAUUUCUUUGAUUCGCUGAACUGGGUCUUUGAUGGUGUUCCGGAGUCUAUGGUUGCGCCGACGGGGCUUUGA